GGCGGCAGCAAGCAGGAGGCAGCAGCAGCAUGAGCACGGACGAGGACGCGCCCUGCCGCGUCUGCGGCAAGACCGACGACGAAGAGUUCCUCGUGCUCUGCGAUGGCUGCGACGCGCCCUUCCACACCUUUUGCCAUCAUGGCUGCGUCUGCUGCCAGGAAAAGCCGCGCAACAACUUCAACAAGAAAUUCGCUGUCCCUGACGGCGACUGGUUCUGCAAGUUCUGCGCCGGCCACAUCCCUGCGCCGAAGGGCAAGCCGCUCUCACGCAUCUUUGCAUGGGGCGACAACGAAGACGGCCAGCUCGGCCUCGGCGACCGCGACUUGCUCCUGCAGGCGACGCCGACGCUGGUCACGAGCCUCGCCGGCAUCUCGGUGCGCGACGUGGCCUGCGGCGAGAACUUUACGGUCGUGCUCGCAAACGAAGGCGACGCGUACUCGGUGGGCACGGGCGUCAGCGGCCAGCUCGGCCACAACGAUGUGGUCCACGAAAAGCUCGUCGACUUUCGCAAGAUUGAAGUGCUCGAAGACGAGAAGCGUCCCGCCGUCGAGGGCCGCCUCGAGAUGGUCCAGUGCGGCAAGGACUUUGCCCUCGUCGUCACCAAGCACGGCCACGUGUACUCGUGGGGCAAUGGCGAGCUCGGGCAGCUCGGCCACCAAGAAAACAAGAACAAGAAGCUCCCCAAGAAGAUCUCGGCGCUCCGCGAGAAGGAGAUCCCGGCCGUCUUGGCGCGCUGCGGUACGGACUUUGUCGUCAUGACGUCAGGCGUCGCGAAAGAAGACGACUACUUUCAUCGGGAGCUGCCCGGUGUCUUCAUGUCGAUGGGCGGCAACGCCAACGGCCAGCUCGCCGACGGCUCGGGCAAGAACCAGUGGGUGCCGCAGUACCUCAACCCCAAGGGGCCCGCAACGACCGAGAAGCAACCGUGGACGCCCGAGAUCCCGACGACCUUCAACUUGGGCCGCGACAUUGCGCAGCUCUCGCUCGGCAAUGCCCACGGCGCUGUCGUCCUGAAACACACACCGGGUCUUUGGACGUGGGGCUUUGGCGAGUACGGGCAGCUGGGCCACGCCAAGCCUCCGCCGCCGCAGGGCCAGUCGCGCUUCUUCCGCCAGCAGUUCCGCGUGCCCCGCCCGUUUGGCGUCGAGGCGCUGCUGACGACGUCGAUCGCGCUCGUGGCGUGCGGCGGCAACCACACGCUCCUCGUGACGAGCGACCAGCGCGUCCUGGGCAUGGGCAACAACGAAUACGGCCAGCUCGGUACCGACGACAUAGAUGACAACAGCGAGAACGAGAAGCUGCGUAUUCUGUCGCUGCCGACCGAGAUCCCGGCGCUCGCGGGCCAGGCGUGGACGAGCGUUGUCUGCGGCGAGAACCACUCGAUGGCGCUCAACGCGGCCGGCGACGUUUUUACGUGGGGCAAGAACGACCGCGGCCAGCUCGGGCGCGGCAAGACGUCCGAGAAGGACGCAACACCCGCCAAGGUGCCCAAGCUCCCGACGAUCAAGAAGCUCUUUGGUGGCUGGAACCAUGCAUUUGCGCUCGAAUUUGCGGCUUCAAUUCCCGAAAAGCCCGAGCGGGUGACGCCCACCGCGCGCGGCCGCGGUGCCAAAGCCAAGGGCGGCGCUGGGUCCAAGGCCCCCGCCACCAAACGGGCCAAGAAGUAGACGAGGACUAUAUACACUCUUGUUAACUUGCUUUUGGUCGUCUCGCA